GUCUGGCCGAGUAGCCUAAGAAAAAUCCCACUAGGGACGGAAAGGACCGCACACAACCAUAACCAAAAGUACUACAUCGAUAGUUCGAGUUCGUAAAGGUCUUAUAGGACCAGUGUAUCAUAUAGUGGUUGUUAGUGGAUAGGAACGAGUUUUUCAUUGCAGUGCAUCCAUAGCCGCAAUUAUUCAUUUCUUGUUUAAGGAGUUUGUUAGUCUUGUAUUAUUAUUAUCAGUUACUAUUAUUAUCAAUAUCAUCAUUAUAUCAUUUAUCAUUUAUUCAAUUUCAUAAUUCUUCUAUUUCUUCUAUUUAUUACUAUUACUUUAGUUCAUCCCUAUAUGGUUUUCAAUUAGUAUUACAAAUCAAUUUACUAUUAUUAUUACUAUUACUAUUACUAUUACUAUUAGCGUAUCAUAAUGGAGUCAAGUCAAUCUCAGAUACUAGAUAUUAAUCAAGAUAAAGUUCAACUAGCAGGGGUAACUCCGAGGCGAGUUAAAGUAUAUUUAUUACAAGGAGAAGAUUGGUCAGAUAAUGGAACUGGUUAUUGUGUUGGAGAAAUUGAUGAAUCAACUAAAAUUCCAUAUUUCUUAGUUCGUAAUGAACAAGAUUCUCAAGAUAUAAUUCUUCAAUCAUUUUUAGAAGGUUCAAUUCAAUAUCAAAGACAACAAGAAACUUUAAUAGUAUGGACAGAUGUAUCAGGUAAAGAUUUAGCCUUAUCAUUUCAAGAAGUUGAAGGAUGUGCUGAUCUUUGUGAAUUUAUUAUAAAAGUUCAACAAGAACAAUAUAGUCCUGAUAUUUCAUUAUAUUAUGUAAUACCGAGUCUUACUGAAGGUGAAGAUAUAACUGAAUUAAUUACUGGACCCGUAACAUUUCCUCCUGAUCCUAAUUCUAAUAAUAUUGAUUCAAUAUUAGAUUUAUUAACUCAAUGUGCAAAUUAUCAAUUUAAACGAUUUAGAAUGCUGAAAUUUAUUAUUGAUACUGAUUUUUUUAUUAAAUUAGUUGGAGUAUUUGAACAAGCUGAAAAUUCUAAAAGUCUUAAUUGUUUAUUUUCAUUAUUUGAAAUUAUAAAGGCAUUAAUAUUAUAUAAUGAAAGUUCAUUAAUUGAAAAUUUUUUAUCAACAGAAGAAAGAAUUUUUGCUUUAUCAGGAAUUCUUGAAUAUGAUCCAGAAUAUCCAAGUUUUAAAGCAUGUCAUCGAGAUUUUUUAAAGAAUAAAUCUUUUAAAACCGUUAUACCAGUUGAAAAAUUAAAGAUAUUUAAAAAGGAUUUCCAUUUAAAUUAUUUAAAAGAUGUUGUAUUAGCAAGAUUAUUAGAUGAUCAAACAUUUAAUUUAAUAUCUUCAUUAAUUUAUAUGAAUCAAGUUGAAAUUAUUAAUUAUUUAAAAGAUGCAAGUAUUUUACAAAAAUUAUUUAAAAUUUAUGAUGAAAAUGAUGAAAUUCUGAAACGAGAUGGAGUAAAAAUGUUACAUCAAUAUGUAUUAAUUGCCAAAGGUUUACAAACAUUUCAAAGACUGGAAUUUUUUUCAAUACUUGUAAAAAGUGGAUUAUUUAAAAUGAUUAAUUUUGCAUUAAAGGAUUCUGAUAGUAAAAUAAGAGUUCUUGGAACUGAAUUAAUUGUAAUAAUAAUAGAACAAGAUGUAUCAUUAGUAAAUUCCGUUGAUAAUGAAGAAAAUAUUGAUAAUUCUGAUCCUCCAGUAACUAAUCAUAUUAUAGAAGAAGAAGAAUCUCAUUUAAUAGAAAAUUCAACAGAAGGUAAAAGAUUAAAAUUAAAAUUAUCUGAUGAUAUGACAUUAAUUUCAAUACUAAGUAAAUUACUUGUUGAAGAUAAAAAUUCUGGUUUAAAAGUUCAAGCAUUUGAAGCAUUAAAAAUAUUAUUAGAUUCUAAUAUUGCUACUGGUAGUGAAAGUGAAAAUUCUGAUCCUUCAAGAUCUCCAUUUAAUCCUUUAAUAACUAAUAAAAUUUCUUCAAUUGAAAUUCCUAUUAGUAAUAAUAAUAUUAAUAAUAUUGAAUUUACUUCAGAAGAAUUUGAAGAUAUAAAUGUUAAAAAUUAUUUCCGAGCUUUUUAUUCUCAAGUAGCACCAAAAUUAUUUCAAAAUUUAAUAAAAUUAGCUGAAUUACCUGAAGAUUCAAUAAAUUCUGAUUCAGAAGUCAUUUUAAAAGUUAGAAAUGAUCAAUUAUUAUAUCAACAUUUAUGUGAAUUAAUUUCAUUUUGUACAAAAGAGCAUGAAAGUCAUAUAUCAAGACCAUUUUUUCUUGAAAAUAAUAUCUUAUUAGGUCUUGGAAGAUUAAUUACUAUUAAUUGUAAAACCAUUCUUAAAUUAAAUGCUAUAAGAUGUUUAAAAAGUUUAAUUAUACUUAAUGAUAAUUUUUAUACUCGAUAUAUUAUCAAUAAUAAUCUUUUACAUUAUUUCUUUGAUUAUUUUGAUAGUAUAGCUAAUGAAAAUAAUUUAGCAAAUUCUACAUGUUUAGAUUUUAUUGAAUUAAUUCUUAAAAAUUGUGAUGCAUCAGUUACAACAAAGAGACAAAAUUAUAAAUUAUUAGCCAGUUAUAUUUAUAAAGAUUUUAAAGAAUUUUGUGGUACUAAAAUUAAUCAUGUAAGUACUGGAAGAGAAUUAAUUGAUUUAGUUGAGAAUGAAUUUUAUGAUGAUUGUAAUUCAUCAAGUUUAAUGAAUGGAACAGAAACUUCUACAAAGAAUGAUGAUAUAAGUUUUGGAUCUGAUGAAGAAUUAUUAGAUCAUCAUGAUGCUUCUACUCCAAUUAAUGAAGAAGAAGAACAAGAAGAAGAAGAUAAUAUUAAUAUUAAUAUUAAUAAUAAUAAUAUUAAUAAUAAUAAUAAUAAUAAUAAUAAUAUUAAUAUUAAUAUUAAUAUUAAUAAUAAUAAUUCUUCAAUACUUGAGUCUGAUGAUGAUGGUAAUGAAGAUAGUUCACCCAUUAGUAGUACUAAAUCUAAUUCUAAAUCUAAUUCUAAAUCUCAUUCUAAUUCUAAUUCUAAUUCUAAUGCUAUAAAGAAAAAGAUUUCAUCUGCUAGUAAAAAAAUCGCUCUAAGUAUUAGAAGUAAAAAUAACGCAUCUAACGGUAUAUAG